AUUACUGGUACAGGCUCCUACUCAUAGCGGUUUACUGAUUAAAAUUGAAAAUUGACAUUGUAGUUCACGUUCAUAUUUUCUUAUCAAAUUAAUUUACUAAUUCAAAAGUUUCAUUUUUAUCUAAUUUUUUUCAUCAUCCAUAUAGGAUGCCAGAUGCCAUAAAUUGGUAGAUAGUGUUAUAUCUUAUUUCUUCUACAUGAACCCUUAAGAAGCGAGGAAUAUUCGGAACAGCUUAUCCAGAGUGUAUUUCUUUACGUUAUAAGAAUAUAUUACACCAUACAAAUGAAGACAAUACACCAAAUUAUUUGGAUAUCUGUUUUAUCCGUUUAUUCUACUGUUCACGGAGAUGAUUUUAAAGAAGAAAUGUUUAUAAAACCUCUACCACCAUCACAUCUAUAUACUUAUUUCCAAUUUAUAACUAUUGUAAAUCACAAAUCAUCUGAACACUCUCACUUAUCACCUAGGUCUCUAGGAGAAGUUAUAUCACGAUUUCAGGUAGAUGAAUUGCAUUUAACAUUGACUGAGGGACAGUGGAGACAUAAUCAAUGGGGAUAUCCAGUUAUGGAUGCUGCACCAGGAGCAGAACUUUAUGCUUGGUUCUCUAAAGAUGUCACAGAUAUUGACAACCAAUGGAAGAAAUUAAGCUCUACUUUGUCUGGCUUAUUCUGUGCCUCUCUCAAUUUCAUUGAUAGUUUCAACACGGUACUCCCUCAAAUGGCACUGUGGCCUACAGGAGCUGUGAAUCCAACUCUUAAUAUGACUUCACAACUUCGAUAUGCAUCAUUACCCAGAGAAAUUGUAUGCACUGAAAAUUUAACACCAUGGAAAAAGUUGUUACCUUGUGAAUCAAGCCAGGGAUUUUCAUCACUAUUGAACUCUAGAAUGAUACACAACACAAAAUACCAUUCAAUAGGAGUUCAUAUUAGAAAAAUUUGUGCCACUAAAGACUGUAUUGAUACUCAUUUAGAAAUAAAACAAACUGUUGCACUUGUUUAUGAUUAUAAAAUUAUAAACAGUAUGGACUGGUCAUUUAGGAAAUUAUUUGGUCAAGGGUUGCCUGGAGGCUGUAGCCUCUCAUCAGCUAGCACUAUAUAUGUUGAUGUGACAACUAAUGUAACUAACUCAUUUAAAUUGACUCCACCACCUGAUAGAACAUUACAAUCACAAAGAGGAGGAAGUGAAACCAAGUUUGCUGUGUAUGACAUUGUUGCCAAUGGUGAAAUGAUAAAUAUAGGUGUUAAGUAUGAUGCUAAAAACAAUAAGAAUAUGAGUGUUACUAUACCACCUCCUAUAUAUUUUAAUAGAUAUGUUUUAGGUUAUGGCAAGGAAGUAGGUGGUAUUGUUACUGAAUUAGUCAAUAAUUACUGGACACCUAUAGAUGUUGUUCUAUUAGAAAAUGCCCCUUGGUGGUUGCCAAUACAGCUCAGCUCAUUGAGAGUUAAUGGAGAAGCUGAUAGUGAUCUAGUGAUUGCACAAUAUUAUUCCCCUGGGAGAAGUAGACAGAAACCAUACCAUUUGGAACUACUUAUUAAACUGCCUCCACGAGCAACUACCACUAUAACAAUUGAUUUUGAGUUUGUAUUUUUAAAAUGGCAAGAAUAUCCACCAGAUGCAAACCAUGGAUUUUACAUUGGAUCAGCAUUGAUAACUGCAAAUCUGCCAACAGCAAAGCAAUAUUCCAGUCUACCUAUUACUGGCAGCACUUUUGAUUCCAUAAUAAAUGCAUCAAAACCCUGGUACACAGCUGUUUUAAGGACCAAUGGUGCCAUGGUCUCCUUGCCUACUCCAGAUUUUAGUAUGCCAUAUAAUGUAAUUUGCCUUGCUUGCACUGUUGUAGCAUUAGCAUUUGGGCCGCUUCAUAAUAUAUGUACCAAAGAAUUAAUAUUAAAGCCAGUGGGGACACCAGUGUCUCUAACCCAGAAAUUACUAAAUUUGUUUAAGAGAAAAAAAGAAUAAAUAAUUAUGUUGGUUCUAUUUAUUCAUAUACUAGAUUACAAUAAA